UCCAGAGUGUUAGACUAAUGGCGGACAUGUCUCGUAUGCAACGACACCGAAACAUCGAUUAUUUUCUCGAUGCCUUUCGUGCAUAAAAAGUAAUGAUAGGUACAUAGCUGCAGUUUGUGCUGUACGAUGCGUUAUGUUUGUUUCCUAAGGUUAUUUAUUUGCGUGGUAAACUGGCAUUUUUUCCGAUAACAGUGACGGUUUUUUUCUGUCACCCUUGAUGAUAACAUCAGACUGGAGACCUACUCGAUCACCUGCAGCCAUGUCUGAUCAUCAACCUUCCAGUACUCCACAGAGGGGAAAGAAGAAAGGGCGUGAUAACGAUAAGAAAUUCCCAGGUUAUCGGCCCGGAGGAACUCGUGGUGAACUUUUCCUGCACGCUGUGACGGACGACGAAGCUGCCUCCCUUACUAGUACAGGAGAUGAGAGUCCAUUAAAAAAGAUAAAAGAAACUUCAGGGGCAGAUAUAGAAUUUGAUCCAGCCUCGUCAUCAAUACAAGACAGAAAGAUUUUGAUAAUUCGUGGUACUCGUAUCCAGAUAGUGGAAGCAGUCAAACUUAUCAAUGAGAGAACAGGAAAUCAGAAACCUAUCGCGGAAAACGCCCAGGAAUUCUGGCUACGAUGGGUCCAGGACGCCUUUCCUAAUCUUGACUCCAGCUCGUACUUCGUGCCUCCAGUUCACCUGAACCACGUACCAAUGACCAGCAAGGCGAUUGGUUGUCGUAAUGUUCAGGUACUUGGUGCACAGUCUGGUCAGACCUCUAAUUCUCAGGCCAGUGACGCCAGACAUGAUGCAGCAAGGCAGCAAGUCCUCUUUUGUCUUCAGAAAAUGGCGAAUCAAAAUGGAGAAAUUCUUUUUGGAAUAAGUCAGCUUAAAUUUGGCCAGUACCUGAGGGAACCAUGUUAUGCUGCUGCCGCUGCCCAUCUACCUUUAUCUGCCAACUUGCCUCCCAAACUACCUCCCAACUGGAAACAGGGCGACUUUGAUAUUCUUCUUAUUCACCAACUCUACGGCUUUGUAGUCUGUAAGGUGAAGUCGUGGGGUGGCAAUGUCAAAGAGCUCAGCAUGUCUCAGCAGGAUUUAGACAAGAACAUGAAGAAAAAACUCAAAGAGGCCGCAUCAUACCUGAACAAGGCAAAAGCAAUGUUGUCACAUCUGGUGUCCGACAUUGCACCCGAUCUGCGUAUCACCAAAGCUAUUGUUGUUCCUAACAUAACUUCUCGGCAGAUACAGACAGCUGUCGAUGGUGACCCCAACUUGCGUCAGGAAUUGUGUGAUUGCUUAGAAAUCACACAAAGUACAGAAAUCCCUGGUCUCUGUCUGCGCUCUGAUCAAUUGUCUGACGCAAGGACACCAUGGGACGUGAGUAGCGAUGUGUUAAGGGAAUUUGAGAACUGGUGGAAGCGACUUGUGGCUGGCUGUGGGCCUGACAGUCAAAUGACUCCAGUAUUAUACAGGAAACUAGUUGCCAGAUUUUGUGGUCCGGCGACAACAGUGACCGUGCCAUGCGUAUCUGCUCCUCGCCUGUGUGUCAAGACCCUGAGUCAGGCCGUGUCGUGGACAGGAGAGUGUUAUGCCGCUCACUUAACACUGUUCCCGGAGCAAGUUGACCUGCUUGAAUCUGAUCUUCUCAACGUCUUUUUGACCGGACCACCUGGCACAGGUAAAACCGUGGUGUUGCAGUUGAAAGGUGCACAAUGGCUGGAAAGUGGUAACGACGUUCACAUUGUCAGCACUUGGGCCUUUAGCCGCGCACCAUCACACAUGCUGCAUCACGUGAUACAGUCAGACAUAAACACAGAACAGUCAACAACGAGAGUGUCCAAGCUUCACUUCCUGGAGUAUGAUCUGGACGGGGGGAAAGAAGUGGAGAAGGCCGUCAAUGAGUUGUCGCAGAUGGCGAAGGAAGGGUCCUUGUAUGUAAUCGCUGAUGAAGCAGGACCAUACAGACCCCUUCGCUCUCCGCCGGCUGUCGUCAGGGAAGUAGAGCGGGACACGGAAAUCGCUAGGCAUCAUGAUGUUCUUCCGUACAGUCGUAGCCACUUCCCCGCUUUCCCCGCUUUCACCGAUGGCCCGCUUGUGAAGAGGCUGUAUCAUAAAGAUCACUCCAAGAAGCACAUCUCUGACUGUGUAACUUGCGGGCAAAACAUCGCCAGUUUCCUGCUUAAAAGUCUGCGUGUAACAGCGAAGACGGCCAACGUCAACAUAAGUCAAGGGGAAACUGCCACAAUCCCGCCUCUGUGUUUCAAAGACGUCCUGGUGCUGUACUGGAAACCAGUUACUGAGGACUCAGGGAUUGUUGCAGGACUGAGAGAAAAUAAUAUUCCAGUGCGGGUGAUGACGGAUGAUGACAUCGAGGACCUGGCUAAAGCUCGGAGUGACGUGGUUUGGGUGGCGAAUGGCUAUUGUGUAAGAGGGCUGGAGAGGAAGGUUAUCGUGUGUCUGGAUGUUCUUGAUGUUUACGUCCCUCUUCGCUCCAUGUCCAGAUGCUCGUCACAGUUGGUGAUCAUUUCCGACAGCGAGCAACAAAACUAACUAACCGCACACCUGUUAGUUGAUCACCCGUCUGGGAAUCAAAAAUCUACAUAUUUAAUAUAGUUCUGCUUUCUUUUAUGAAAAUAUAAGUGUUAAUAUAAAGAAGUAUUUAUAUAAACAAGACAUUAAGAAUAUGGUCUGUUCUGAAAGAUAGAGACGAAAAUAUCCCUCACGUUACUAUUGUUUCAAGAAUUUUGUUGAUAUAUGAUCUGAUCAAAAGAGUGAGUAUUCUUUAUAUCAAUUUAUAGUCAAGCAUGUGAUCUUGCAAACAUACGAUCUAGAACGUUCGGCAUUAAACAACUUAAUUUUAUUACACAAGCAUUACAUUAAUAUUGAGCUUUGUCUUAUAGCUCAGUAGAUGUACCGUAAGUUGUAUGUUGACCCCACUGACUUUAGUUCCAUUUCUGUAUAUAGAGAUUGCAGUUGUACUUCACUUUUACUAUUUUACUGUCCUAAAGAUCUUAAAAAUCAUUCUUAUUUUGAAGAGGGCAGUGCAAUGUAUGCACCCUUAGUCAUGACGACUAUGAUAAAGAUGUUAUUUUACACGUUUUAAGCAUUUAUGGCUCUGAAAAACAUAUCAGCUUUAACACCCACGGCACAAGCAUGUGACAGAAGAAAGAUCAAAGAUUAUAUACCUUGUCAAGCAGCUACACGCUUUAAGAGCAGCUCACAGUAUACCGGCUGAAACCGUCCUUCUGUCCAUUAUCAUCACCUGGUUAAAAGGGAUGGUAAAAGCCAAGCAAAGAUAUCCCAAGAUGUUGCCAAAUUGUGGACUUCGUAGAAAGAAAAGCACGCGAAACCAUUCAGAACCACAAAUGAAGGACUUCUUUUACUGUUGCUACUGUCUAGAAGACAGCUUGCGUGUGAUUUCUCAACGAGAAAACUGCAAAAGUAUUUGUUCAAUGAGCAAUGAUCAAAUGGAAUUUUUUUGUGAAAUAACUAUUAUCUUUUUUCUGUAAAACAUAUAUUUUUGA